GGUGUUGAGGUUAGGUGUCCUCUCGGGGAACCUCCGCUAUGUUUAGUAUCGGUUUUGUUCAGUGAAAUCAGCUGUAACCAUUCGUGCCGCCGCGCGUUAAAGUGGCCAACCGCACCCGACAGCCUCCACGUCUGUCGGCCCCGAAAACAAACAACACAGCACGUCUCCGCGUGUUGCGACAUUCAUCCGUCUUCAGAUGCAGUGGGUGUAAGCAAGCUCUCUCACGUUCAUUCUGCAUUAAGGAAGUUGAGCUCCUGUCAGUCUGAGAGGCGCAGCGCACGACGCAAAGGUGUGACUCUGACGUGGUUCAAAUCUCCAUAAAGGCAACCAGGUGGAAGAAAAAAUGAGCGGCACAGCAGCGAACGGCGACAGCACGGAGAUCUCCAAGAAGGCCAAAAUGAGCGGAGACACUUUGACCCCGCACGUGGACAGCAUCCCUCCGGACACGCUCCGUAAGGUGCAGGAGUACCUGGAGCCUUUCUGUCUGUCUCUGGAGAAGCUGCAGGAGGUUUCUGCUCGGCUGAAGAAGGCUCUCGUUCGAGGUUUGGGGAAACACAGUCAUCACAAGGCGCCCGUCAAGAUGCUGCCCACCUUCGUCAGGGCCACACCGGAUGGGACGGAGAAAGGCGACUUCCUGGCGUUGGAUCUCGGUGGAACAAACUUCCGGGUGCUUCAUGUUCGUGUGGUGGAGGAGAUGCAGAAAGUGCUGAAGAUGGACAGUCAGAUCUGUGCCAUCCCGCAGGAAAUGAUGCUGGGAACUGGAGAACAGCUGUUUGACCACAUCGCGGCCUGUCUCAGUGAUUUCCUCGUCUCUCAGGAUCUGAAGGGACAAACUCUUCCUCUGGGCUUCACCUUCUCUUUCCCCUGCGAACAGAAAGAAAUCGACAAGAGUAUCCUGAUCCGCUGGACCAAAGGCUUCAACUGCUCUGGAGUCGAGGGCAAGGACGUGGUGAUGUUAUUGAAAGAGGCCAUUCACAGGAGAGGGGACUAUGAUAUAGGCUCAGUUGCCAUGGUGAACGACACGGUGGGCACGAUGAUGAGCUGCGGCUACAGGGACAAGAGCUGUGAGAUCGGCAUGAUCAUUGGUACGGGAACCAAUGCCUGCUACAUGGAGGAGAUGAAGAACGUGAAGCGUGCGGAGGGCGAGGACGGGCGGAUGUGCAUUAACACAGAGUGGGGCGGCUUCGGAGACGACGGCUCCCUGCAAGACAUCCUGACGGAGUUUGAUAAGGUGGUGGACAAGAUGUCCAUCAACCCCGGGGUCCACACCUUUGAGAAGAUGAUCAGCGGGAUGUAUUUGGGAGAAAUCGUUCGGCUGGUGCUGGUGAGGCUGACCGAGGUCAAGCUGCUGUUUAAGGGACAGACCUCAGAGGCGCUGAGGACUCCAGGCAGCUUUGAGACAAAGUUCAUCUCUGAGAUUGAGGAGCAGGACAAUGGUCUGGAAAACGCCCAGAAUAUUCUGACUAAGUUGGGUUUGAAGUGGGAGUUGGUCGACUCCCGCGUUGUGCGUCUGGUCUGCGACACCAUCUCCUCGCGCUCCGCCCGUCUCUGCGCCGCUGCCCUGGCAACCAUCGCCAACCGCAUCCGUGUCAACCGCGGGCUGGACCAUCUGAAGACCACAGUGGGGGUGGACGGGACUGUCUACAGAAAGCACCCCAAUUUCAGCGACAAGCUCAAAGCGGCGGUGCGCCUCCUUGCCCCACAGUGUGACAUCACCUUCCUCGUCUCGGAGGACGGCAGUGGGAAGGGCGCUGCCAUGGUAACGGCUGUGGCGCAGCGGCUGGCUCUCCAGUCCCGACUGUUAGAGGAGAGUGAUGGUGAGAGCGACGAAGAAGAGGAGGAAGAUAAAUAAGACCAGAGAGGAUGCAGAUAAUACACACACUAUGAGGCAGAGCAAAUUGAGUCUGUUUUUCUGUUCUGUUAAAGCCUGCAAUAUUUUAAUUUAGCAAAAUGUGUUAAUAUUAUUUGAAUAAGUUUCACUCUUUCAGAGCUUCAGAAGCUUUUUUUUUUAUUUUCAAUUACAAACUGUAAUGUUUUUGAAACAUUAAAUGGUUCCUGUGGAGUUACUGAACUUUAAUGGCACUAUGGAGCUGGUUUCUAUGAGUGAGUCCCCGUUUUGUUUGUGUAUGUGCACCUGAGGUAAUGUGAUACAGUACUAGCAAUGGUGUCGUGCUAUUUCACUGACCUACAGGUGGCAGUAACAUGCCUGGAUAUGCAGCAGUGCACCAGGAAAGGCAGGGAAGAAGAAGACCGUUAGCUAGUUAACAUGGAUAUAAACAAUGCAGGAUUUAAAAUGGUUAACAAAUCAGCUUAGCAAAUGUUUUAUAAGGGAGGUAAUUUAACACAUUUGUUAGACCUUUAGGAUUCAUUCAAUGUGUAACUGUAAACAUAACUGAAAACUCCAGAGGGCAUCUUUUAAAGGACCAGUGUGUAGGAUUCAGUGGUAUCCAGUGGUGAAGUUGUAGAUUACAACCAUUUGAAUACAGCUCAGUUUUCCAAACCUGUAGGAGAAACUAUGGUGCAGCAAAACUUGCACAAAAGUGAAAGGCUCAAUCUAGAGCCAGUGUUUGGUUUAUCUAUUGUCUACUGUAGAAACAUGGCAGUUCAACAUGGCAGCCUUUGUAAAAGAGCACUAAUUUCCUCUAGAUAAAAACGUCUCAUUCCAAGGUAAUGGAAACACAAUGAUUAUUAUUUUCAGGUAAUUAAACACGAAUGAAAACAUACCUAUACAUAUUUUAUACAUAUCUGCCAAUAGAUCCGCCUAAAUGUUACACACUGGACCUUUAAGCCAAUUAAAAAGACUAAGCCCAGUAGCUCACCUGGUAGAGCGUGUGCACCAUUUACUAAGGCUGAGUCCUUACCCCAGAGGUCCAGGUUAGAUUCCAGCCCACAGCCAUUUGCUAUGUGUCAUCCCCCUCUCUCCCCCUUUCAUGUCUCUCUUCAGCUGUUCCUAUCCAAUAAAGGCAAAAAAAACAAAAACACAAAUAGCUUUAAAAAUGGCAGGUGAUCGCAGGGAAAUGCAGCGUUGAGUCAACUGAUCAACAAAUGAUGAUAAUAAUUUGCAGAUCACAUGUUAGUGAACAUGCUGAGAAAGAGAAAGUAGAUGUUCUGAAAAUUCUAUAAAUUAUAAUGGAGGUGAUUAGAUUUCUUUCUUAAAUUGGCAGUUAAUCAGUUUAUGGUAAUAAUAAUAAUAAUAAUAAUGCAAGUAAUCAUUAGUUACAGUAUCAAACGAGCUCCACUUCCACCAACUACAACAGUAAAAUCCUGCUUUUACAUUAAAACAUGAGUAAGAAUAAUCUAAUAUUACAAUAUCUAAUAGUAUAAAAGUCACACUGAGUACUUUUACUUUACAUAAUACUUGAAGUACAUUUUCCUGAUUAUACUUACAUACAGUAUGUGUACAAGCAUGUGUCUCAGCUUUGCAUUCAUUCCCAAUUUGUGCAAUUCCAAUAGUGUUUAGGGACCCGAGUAGGUGGAAAUAUUCAACAUACUAGGCGAAAAUAACACAUUUAUACCACAUGCAAAAAAAUGCAUGCUUUGUUUCAUCGCCAAAAUUUAUGAUGGCCAAUCAGAUUUCAGGGGUGGCCCCCCAAUCCCUCCUCUGGACACGCCCCAACUUACAUACUUUUAACAGUAUUUUUACGAUGUGGUAUUGUACUUUUACUCAAAUAAAGUCUCUGAAUACUUCCUCCACUUCUGUCAGAAACACAGAUGAAAUAAACCAUCUAUGAGAAAACACAGCAGCUAGUUUUAAAGGGUGGUGCAAUGUCGGCUUUUCAUGUUAAUAAAGUC